GCAUGCUUCGGCGAUGGAAGGCCGUGCAACGAUGCAGAAUGCAUUGAAAGAGAAUUGUUGAAGCUACGGUAUAAACCCCCAUCUCACAUCACCCCGCAAAUUGCAGAUCAUCCACCAACCAGCAGUUUGAAUUACAAGAAGCGGCAAUGCUAGAAAGAAAUUUUGUUCAAUAAAACGAGCAGCCAAAAACCGCAAUCAGCACAGAAAUGACCAUUCAGAAGGAGGCUCCCCUCGGCGGCGACGCGAACAACACCAGAUUCAAAGACAAUUUUAAACGCAUACCUCCUAUCGACCCGAACGACCCUCGCUUCGAGAGGGUCGACUGUUUGCCGUGUAGACUGGUUGGUGCUUCUGCAUUCACCGGACUCGGUGUGUAUGCCUAUGUGCAAUCGCGACGAUUGCCACACAAUGUCCCCCUGUAUCGGACAAAACGCUUCGGCAUUCUCGGCCUGGCAACCGCCUUUGCACUCACUGGUCUAUACCGACUGGUGAACUAAGCUAAGCGACACUGCAUCGUUUCAUUCCCGAAGCCAGGUGCAUUUUUGACGAAUAUGGAUAUGCAUAUUUCAUUUCGUUCGAAAUGCAAUGGCGAUUUUAUAUUCGAAACCGGAUGUCCGGACAUCCGCUAAAGAGUGAUGCUCUUGCUUCUGGCUUUUUGUUAAUGGCGUUGGAAAUAUAUCAAAACGGGAAAAAGAACAACAACAAAUAGUAAAUAAAAAGAUAUGUAGCAAUCACGUCCUCCAAUGAGAUAUGACUCAAUUUCACGGUUGGCAGUAGGCUAGCUUUUCGCCGUGCGGCACGUUUAGAGUUGAGCUUGGAGCUGUAUG